AUGGCUUCGCCUGCCCUAUCCAUCCGCAGCAACUUCUCCGACAUGGACGAUGAAGAGUUGGAACUGUACCUGGCCUCGUGUGUGCCGCUCUCGAACCUUCCUACCCCGCCGCCCGCAAAGGAACAGCCACAUCCCACAUCAACAGCAAAGUCUCUGCCUUCUCCACCUUCAGAGUCCGACAUCGAGCGCCACAGGCGAUCUCCUGAGCUAGAAGUUUAUGCGUUACACCUUGCCAGCCUUGUUCCAAGGAAUGUCGCUGGGCACAAGUCAUCCGUGGCCGCUAUCGAGGGAUUUCUCGACAGAGCCUGCCUGCCGGUGGAGAUGGUUGCGUUUGCGGCCUGUGUGCUUGAUGCGUUGUCGGACGGGUUUGCCAGCCGGUGGCGCGAUGCGUUCCUCCCCAUGGACACGACCAGGCUGGAUUUCUACCUGGGCACUGAUUGCUGGCAGCAGCCCCAAAUUAGUCCGGACUUGAUUGUGCUUGCGGCGCUGGCUCUGGCGCACGGCUUCAUCGAUGACCGGGGCCGCUCGAACGGGCAUUGGGCAAAGAUUGAAGCAGCCGGCCGGUUCGACGCAAAACAGGUGUCCAAGACGAAGCUUUGUAUCCUGGAGGACAUCGACUACGGCCUCUUCCGAAUCAGCGAAGAGAUGCUUCAGCGUAUGGCCCACCAGAUGCAGCAGGCGUCCUACUUUGUCACGCCUAGGCAAUUAGUGUCUUUCGACGAUGAUAAAGAAGGACGCCGGCCACGGCUGUCGUUGUCGCUGGGCACGGGAUCUGGAUCCGCCGUUUGGGCGUACGGUGCACAAACGCCGGAGCCGAGCCCGUGA